UCUAUUUUUCAGGAACAUAACCAAACGUCCAUAUUUAGAAAAUUUUGGGAGAAGUACGUGCUAACAAAACAAGAAACAUGCUUUCCGGUACUGGCCCUACCAUCUGGCCUGUAAAGCAUUUAAGCUUCUUGCCGGAUAUAAAUUACAUAUCCCAAAAGGAUGUGUUGUCUGUGUGUGUCACCAUUUGUUAUAGGAUAUUCGAUCUGCAGACACUCGUUUUUGCUUCGUGUUAGGCUUGAAUUGGUCGCAUAGAUGACUUUGAGUUGGAGCAAACUGUUAUGUGUUUCUAAUUUCCGAUGAUUAUUUUGGCGGAGAUUGAGCCACUAUCGAUGGCAGUUGAGAAUCUUGAGACUCCCUUAUACUUCCGUGAAACACCACGGUAGAGUCUUUCAAUGGCAACUGAAUCAAUGAAUGCCAUUAGUGUGAGAACUGAGAAAUCUGUUAAACAUUGGAAUCUGAACCUUCAUGCCAAAAUCCCACAAGAAGUUGGCCAACACAAGGAUUUGCAGCGAAAUCUUCUUUUGAAAGCUCCUCCACAAGAAGUCAGUUUGGCUGACAGUUACGCGGUAGAAGUGGAGCGGUUAGAGUGGCUCUCUUCUCAGACGAAACAGACUUGUGAUCUGUUGUCUGGAAGGAGCACGGAUUGGCAUACAGUAUGAGACAUCCUUUGCUGGGGAAACUUGUGAGAUGUAUCACUGUGUGCUAGAGAGCAAGUCAUUUCUUGAAAAGAUGACUGUUCUUGAGCACACUGUUCCUUUCUUUCUGCCAUUACGUGAAGCAGAAAAUGAUCUUCUCUCCUCAAAUGCAAUGAAAUUUAUUGAUCACGUGGGAGAUCUGUUGCAGGCUUAUGUUGAUAGAAGGGAGCAGGUUCGAAUUAUUAAGGAGAUAUAUGGGAACCAAAUUGGAGAGCUUUAUCAUAGUCUUCCUUACCACAUGAUUGAAUUUGUGCUAGAGGAUUUUGAUUGCAAGGUAACCGUCAGUCUUAGAUAUGCAGAACUCAUCUCUGUGCUUCCAACUAGAGUCAGUGUGCUGGCAUGGCCAAUGCACCAAACCAAGAAAUCCUUAACAAGUACAGCAACAACAAACAAGAAGGGAAACGGAGCAUCGGGAAGCCAGUCCAUUCCAGCACGUCUAUCUUAUGCUGAGGAUGCACUACGAACUAUGAGUUUACCAGAAGCAUAUGCAGAGAUAGUGUUGAAUCUGCCUCAAGCGCUUGAGCAAAUAUUUCCAGACAGGAACUCUCCUUAGUCAUUUUGAGGACUUGUACAAAGCAACAAUGGAGCUGGUGUUUGAUUAGUUAUGUUGUCUAGAAUAGUCUACUUGAUAACCUCCUUCCCGUGAAUAGUGGGUGUCUUUGUAAAGUGAUAGGGAACAAGAAGUUAGGUUAUUCGUAUUUGAUUUAGGAGGAUAUUUAUCUGCUGUAGCUUUAGUUGUUAUUCUAGGAUUUAUCUAUCUGUAGUUAACAUUUGAAAUAGCCUAUUUAAAGGACUCUUCAGAUUUGCUUUGAAUAGUUUAUGGUACGGAAUGGAUUUCUCUUUAA